AUGGAGUGGAGAUGUGAGAAACAUGCUUUGGACGAGAAACAUGCUUUGGACGAGAAACAUGCUUUGGACGAGAAACAUGCAUUGGACGAGAAACAUGCUUUGGACGAGAAACAUGCAUUGGACGAGAAACAUGCUUUGGACGAGAAACAUGCUUUGGACGAGAAACAUGCAUUGGACGAGAAACAUGCUUUGGACGAGAAACAUGCUUUGGACGAGAAACAUGCUUUGGACGAGAAACAUGCAUUGGACGAGAAACAUGCUUUGGACGAGAAACAUGCAUUGGACGAGAAACAUGCUUUGGACGAGAAACAUGCAUUGGACGAGAAACAUGCAUUGGACGAGAAACAUGCUUUGGACGAGAAACAUGCUUUGGACGAGAAACAUGCUUUGGACGAGAAACAUGCUUUGGACGAGAAACAUGCUUUGGACGAGAAACAUGCUUUGGACGAGAAACAUGCUUUGGACGAGAAACAUGCAUUGGACGAGAAACAUGCUUUGGACGAGAAACAUGCUUUGGACGAGAAACAUGCAUUGGACGAGAAACAUGCAUUGGACGAGAAACAUGCUUUGGACGAGAAACAUGCUUUGGACGAGAAACAUGCUUUGGACGAGAAACAUGCAUUGGACGAGAAACAUGCUUUGGACGAGAAACAUGCAUUGGACGAGAAACAUGCUUUGGACGAGAAACAUGCUUUGGACGAGAAACAUGCAUUGGACGAGAAACAUGCUUUGGACGAGAAACAUGCUUUGGACGAGAAACAUGCUUUGGACGAGAAACAUGCUUUGGACGAGAAACAUGCAUUGGACGAGAAACAUGCUUUGGACGAGAAACAUGCUUUGGACGAGAAACAUGCAUUGGACGAGAAACAUGCAUUGGACGAGAAACAUGCUUUGGACGAGAAACAUGCUUUGGACGAGAAACAUGCUUUGGACGAGAAACAUGCAUUGGACGAGAAACAUGCAUUGGACGAGAAACAUGCAUUGGACGAGAAACAUGCUUUGGACGAGAAACAUGCUUUGGACGAGAAACAUGCUUUGGACGAGAAACAUGCUUUGGACGAGAAACAUGCUUUGGACGAGAAACAUGCUUUGGACGAGAAACAUGCAUUGGACGAGAAACAUGCUUUGGACGAGAAACAUGCUUUGGACGAGAAACAUGCAUUGGACGAGAAACAUGCAUUGGACGAGAAACAUGCUUUGGACGAGAAACAUGCUUUGGACGAGAAACAUGCUUUGGACGAGAAACAUGCUUUGGACGAGAAACAUGCUUUGGACGAGAAACAUGCUUUGGACGAGAAACAUGCUUUGGACGAGAAACAUGCAUUGGACGAGAAACAUGCUUUGGACGAGAAACAUGCUUUGGACGAGAAACAUGCAUUGGACGAGAAACAUGCAUUGGACGAGAAACAUGCUUUGGACGAGAAACAUGCUUUGGACGAGAAACAUGCUUUGGACGAGAAACAUGCUUUGGACGAGAAACAUGCAUUGGACGAGAAACAUGCUUUGGACGAGAAACAUGCAUUGGACGAGAAACAUGCUUUGGACGAGAAACAUGCUUUGGACGAGAAACAUGCAUUUGGACGAGAAACAUGCUAUUGGACGAGAAACAUGCUUUGGACGAGAAACAUGCAUUGGACGAGAAACAUGCUUUGGACGAGAAACAUGCUUUGGACGAGAAACAUGCAUUGGACGAGAAACAUGCUUUGGACGAGAAACAUGCUUUGGACGAGAAACAUGCAUUGGACGAGAAACAUGCAUUGGACGAGAAACAUGCUUUGGACGAGAAACAUGCUUUGGACGAGAAACAUGCUUUGGACGAGAAACAUGCAUUGGACGAGAAACAUGCAUUGGACGAGAAACAUGCUUUGGACGAGAAACAUGCAUUGGACGAGAAACAUGCAUUGGACGAGAAACAUGCUUUGGACGAGAAACAUGCUUUGGACGAGAAACAUGCUUUGGACGAGAAACAUGCUUUGGACGAGAAACAUGCAUUGGACGAGAAACAUGCAUUGGACGAGAAACAUGCUUUGGACGAGAAACAUGCUUUGGACGAGAAACAUGCAUUGGACGAGAAACAUGCUUUGGACGAGAAACAUGCAUUGGACGAGAAACAUGCUUUGGACGAGAAACAUGCUUUGGACGAGAAACAUGCAUUGGACGAGAAACAUGCUUUGGACGAGAAACAUGCUUUGGACGAGAAACAUGCAUUGGACGAGAAACAUGCAUUGGACGAGAAACAUGCUUUGGACGAGAAACAUGCUUUGGACGAGAAACAUGCUUUGGACGAGAAACAUGCAUUGGACGAGAAACAUGCUUUGGACGAGAAACAUGCAUUGGACGAGAAACAUGCUUUGGACGAGAAACAUGCUUUGGACGAGAAACAUGCAUUGGACGAGAAACAUGCUUUGGACGAGAAACAUGCUUUGGACGAGAAACAUGCUUUGGACGAGAAACAUGCUUUGGACGAGAAACAUGCAUUGGACGAGAAACAUGCUUUGGACGAGAAACAUGCUUUGGACGAGAAACAUGCAUUGGACGAGAAACAUGCAUUGGACGAGAAACAUGCUUUGGACGAGAAACAUGCUUUGGACGAGAAACAUGCUUUGGACGAGAAACAUGCAUUGGACGAGAAACAUGCAUUGGACGAGAAACAUGCUUUGGACGAGAAACAUGCUUUGGACGAGAAACAUGCUUUGGACGAGAAACAUGCAUUGGACGAGAAACAUGCUUUGGACGAGAAACAUGCAUUGGACGAGAAACAUGCUUUGGACGAGAAACAUGCUUUGGACGAGAAACAUGCAUUGGACGAGAAACAUGCUUUGGACGAGAAACAUGCUUUGGACGAGAAACAUGCUUUGGACGAGAAACAUGCUUUGGACGAGAAACAUGCAUUGGACGAGAAACAUGCUUUGGACGAGAAACAUGCUUUGGACGAGAAACAUGCAUUGGACGAGAAACAUGCAUUGGACGAGAAACAUGCUUUGGACGAGAAACAUGCUUUGGACGAGAAACAUGCUUUGGACGAGAAACAUGCAUUGGACGAGAAACAUGCAUUGGACGAGAAACAUGCUUUGGACGAGAAACAUGCAUUGGACGAGAAACAUGCAUUGGACGAGAAACAUGCUUUGGACGAGAAACAUGCUUUGGACGAGAAACAUGCUUUGGACGAGAAACAUGCUUUGGACGAGAAACAUGCAUUGGACGAGAAACAUGCAUUGGACGAGAAACAUGCUUUGGACGAGAAACAUGCUUUGGACGAGAAACAUGCAUUGGACGAGAAACAUGCUUUGGACGAGAAACAUGCAUUGGACGAGAAACAUGCUUUGGACGAGAAACAUGCUUUGGACGAGAAACAUGCAUUGGACGAGAAACAUGCUUUGGACGAGAAACAUGCUUUGGACGAGAAACAUGCAUUGGACGAGAAACAUGCAUUGGACGAGAAACAUGCUUUGGACGAGAAACAUGCUUUGGACGAGAAACAUGCUUUGGACGAGAAACAUGCAUUGGACGAGAAACAUGCUUUGGACGAGAAACAUGCUUUGGACGAGAAACAUGCAUUGGACGAGAAACAUGCUUUGGACGAGAAACAUGCAUUGGACGAGAAACAUGCUUUGGACGAGAAACAUGCUUUGGACGAGAAACAUGCAUUGGACGAGAAACAUGCUUUGGACGAGAAACAUGCUUUGGACGAGAAACAUGCAUUGGACGAGAAACAUGCUUUGGACGAGAAACAUGCUUUGGACGAGAAACAUGCAUUGGACGAGAAACAUGCUUUGGACGAGAAACAUGCUUUGGACGAGAAACAUGCUUUGGACGAGAAACAUGCAUUGGACGAGAAACAUGCAUUGGACGAGAAACAUGCUUUGGACGAGAAACAUGCUUUGGACGAGAAACAUGCAUUGGACGAGAAACAUGCUUUGGACGAGAAACAUGCUUUGGACGAGAAACAUGCAUUGGACGAGAAACAUGCUUUGGACGAGAAACAUGCUUGGACGAGAAACAUGCUUUGGACGAGAAACAUGCUUGGACGAGAAACAUGCUUUGGACGAGAAACAUGCAUUGGACGAGAAACAUGCUUUGGACGAGAAACAUGCAUUGGACGAGAAACAUGCAUUGGACGAGAAACAUGCAUUGGACGAGAAACAUGCUUUGGACGAGAAACAUGCUUUGGACGAGAAACAUGCAUUGGACGAGAAACAUGCAUUGGACGAGAAACAUGCUUUGGACGAGAAACAUGCAUUGGACGAGAAACAUGCUUUGGACGAGAAACAUGCUUUGGACGAGAAACAUGCAUUGGACGAGAAACAUGCUUUGGACGAGAAACAUGCUUUGGACGAGAAACAUGCUUUGGACGAGAAACAUGCUUUGGACGAGAAACAUGCAUUGGACGAGAAACAUGCUUUGGACGAGAAACAUGCUUUGGACGAGAAACAUGCAUUGGACGAGAAACAUGCAUUGGACGAGAAACAUGCUUUGGACGAGAAACAUGCUUUGGACGAGAAACAUGCUUUGGACGAGAAACAUGCAUUGGACGAGAAACAUGCAUUGGACGAGAAACAUGCUUUGGACGAGAAACAUGCAUUGGACGAGAAACAUGCAUUGGACGAGAAACAUGCUUUGGACGAGAAACAUGCUUUGGACGAGAAACAUGCUUUGGACGAGAAACAUGCUUUGGACGAGAAACAUGCAUUGGACGAGAAACAUGCAUUGGACGAGAAACAUGCAUUGGACGAGAAACAUGCUUUGGACGAGAAACAUGCUUUGGACGAGAAACAUGCAUUGGACGAGAAACAUGCUUUGGACGAGAAACAUGCUUUGGACGAGAAACAUGCUUUGGACGAGAAACAUGCUUUGGACGAGAAACAUGCAUUGGACGAGAAACAUGCAUUGGACGAGAAACAUGCUUUGGACGAGAAACAUGCUUUGGACGAGAAACAUGCUUUGGACGAGAAACAUGCAUUGGACGAGAAACAUGCUUUGGACGAGAAACAUGCAUUGGACGAGAAACAUGCUUUGGACGAGAAACAUGCUUUGGACGAGAAACAUGCAUUGGACGAGAAACAUGCUUUGGACGAGAAACAUGCUUUGGACGAGAAACAUGCAUUGGACGAGAAACAUGCUUUGGACGAGAAACAUGCAUUGGACGAGAAACAUGCUUUGGACGAGAAACAUGCUUUGGACGAGAAACAUGCAUUGGACGAGAAACAUGCUUUGGACGAGAAACAUGCUUUGGACGAGAAACAUGCUUUGGACGAGAAACAUGCAUUGGACGAGAAACAUGCUUUGGACGAGAAACAUGCUUUGGACGAGAAACAUGCAUUGGACGAGAAACAUGCUUUGGACGAGAAACAUGCUUUGGACGAGAAACAUGCUUUGGACGAGAAACAUGCUUUGGACGAGAAACAUGCAUUGGACGAGAAACAUGCUUUGGACGAGAAACAUGCAUUGGACGAGAAACAUGCUUUGGACGAGAAACAUGCUUUGGACGAGAAACAUGCAUUGGACGAGAAACAUGCAUUGGACGAGAAACAUGCAUUGGACGAGAAACAUGCUUUGGACGAGAAACAUGCUUUGGACGAGAAACAUGCAUUGGACGAGAAACAUGCAUUGGACGAGAAACAUGCUUUGGACGAGAAACAUGCUUUGGACGAGAAACAUGCAUUGGACGAGAAACAUGCUUUGGACGAGAAACAUGCUUUGGACGAGAAACAUGCAUUGGACGAGAAACAUGCUUUGGACGAGAAACAUGCUUUGGACGAGAAACAUGCAUUGGACGAGAAACAUGCUUUGGACGAGAAACAUGCAUUGGACGAGAAACAUGCAUUGGACGAGAAACAUGCUUUGGACGAGAAACAUGCUUUGGACGAGAAACAUGCUUUGGACGAGAAACAUGCUUUGGACGAGAAACAUGCUUUGGACGAGAAACAUGCUUUGGACGAGAAACAUGCAUUUGGACGAGAAACAUGCUUUGGACGAGAAACAUGCUUUGGACGAGAAACAUGCUUUGGACGAGAAACAUGCUUUGGACGAGAAACAUGCAUUGGACGAGAAACAUGCUUUGGACGAGAAACAUGCAUUGGACGAGAAACAUGCAUUGGACGAGAAACAUGCUUUGGACGAGAAACAUGCAUUGGACGAGAAACAUGCAUUGGACGAGAAACAUGCUUUGGACGAGAAACAUGCAUUGGACGAGAAACAUGCUUUGGACGAGAAACAUGCUUUGGACGAGAAACAUGCAUUGGACGAGAAACAUGCUUUGGACGAGAAACAUGCUUUGGACGAGAAACAUGCAUUGGACGAGAAACAUGCUUUGGACGAGAAACAUGCAUUGGACGAGAAACAUGCAUUGGACGAGAAACAUGCUUUGGACGAGAAACAUGCUUUGGACGAGAAACAUGCUUUGGACGAGAAACAUGCUUUGGACGAGAAACAUGCUUUGGACGAGAAACAUGCAUUGGACGAGAAACAUGCUUUGGACGAGAAACAUGCUUUGGACGAGAAACAUGCUUUGGACGAGAAACAUGCUUUGGACGAGAAACAUGCAUUGGACGAGAAACAUGCUUUGGACGAGAAACAUGCAUUGGACGAGAAACAUGCAUUGGACGAGAAACAUGCUUUGGACGAGAAACAUGCAUUGGACGAGAAACAUGCAUUGGACGAGAAACAUGCAUUGGACGAGAAACAUGCUUUGGACGAGAAACAUGCUUUGGACGAGAAACAUGCAUUGGACGAGAAACAUGCUUUGGACGAGAAACAUGCUUUGGACGAGAAACAUGCAUUGGACGAGAAACAUGCUUUGGACGAGAAACAUGCAUUGGACGAGAAACAUGCAUUGGACGAGAAACAUGCUUUGGACGAGAAACAUGCAUUGGACGAGAAACAUGCUUUGGACGAGAAACAUGCAUUGGACGAGAAACAUGCAUUGGACGAGAAACAUGCUUUGGACGAGAAACAUGCUUUGGACGAGAAACAUGCUUUGGACGAGAAACAUGCUUUGGACGAGAAACAUGCUUUGGACGAGGUGGCAGGAGGUGA